AUGCUUCCAAGGAGCUCAGGUCUGGCCAAAGACUCCCUCCAAAUCAAGCAGGGUGAUGAGUUCUACUGCAGGCUUCUCUCCACGGAGAGCUCAGAGGCCAACCCUUCCUUUCGAGUCUACCAUGCAGUGGCUUCUGCGACCGUGCCAUUCGUGUGGGAGUCUCAACCAGGAACACCCAAGCACAUGAGCUCCGCCGCCGCCCUCCCUCCCCUUACCCCUCCCCCGUCCUAUUACUACAGCACCAGGAACAGUAUCUCCAUGAAGGCCUCCAAGUCCAGCUUCCUCCGCACCAUUCUCCCCAAGCUCACCCUGCGGAAGAUCCACACCUCGUCUCGGUCGUCCUUGUCUUCCUCCUCCGUGUCAUCCUCUUCCUCGUCGGCAUUUGGGCGCUCCGACCGCCGCGGAAGCUCCUCCAGCCCGGCGUCGUACUUCGCGUCGGAGGAGUUCGACGACGGGUCGCCUGCGUCGACCUUGUGCUUCGGGAUGCGGCGCUGCGCUUAG